AUGCAGAACGAAGACUCGUCGAUGGACCAGCAAGAUACCCCUCCCUCCGCCAACUCAAACAAUGCCAGCCCUUCCACUCGUCUGAACUCAGAUCCCUAUCGUGUCGUGCGCAAGCGUAAUCGCAUACCUCUCUCAUGCGGUCCAUGUCGACACAGAAAACUUAAAUGUAACAGACAAAGUCCUUGCGACAACUGCACAAAACGAGGCGAUGCACACUCAUGCGCCUAUGCUGCACCACCGACGAAGAGGAAGGGUACGAGUAGCAGUGCUGGUAGUGGAGGUGCGCCAGAUGAUAUGCAGAAUCGGAUAGAUAGGUUGGAGGGAUUGGUUCUGAGUCUGAUGACGAACGGAAGCACAAGUCAAGGAACUUCGGCUGCACAACAGGCUAUUCAUGCUGCUACUAAUAGUGUCGGAAGUGCUAGCGGGACUUUGGGCUCGAAUCUCGAAUACCGUGAUGCUGGGGAGGAUGAUAGCAUGAUGAACGAUGCAAACAAUAUCGAUGGGGAUGGAGGUGACGGCGAGAGCGAGACAGAUGGAGUCACAAAGAGCUUGGGUGUACUGAAAGUCGAUCAGGAACGCAACAAGACAUUCUACAUUGGCGAGGCGCAUUGGGCUGCGCUCUUGAACGAGAUUGGAGAGGUGAAGAACUAUUUCAUGAAUCACAGAAAAGAGUAUGAGGCACAAAUGGAGAAGAUCGCUCAGACGAGGCGGAAUGCUGGUGUUGAUGUUGAUGCUGGGCCAGCGUUACUCUUUGGCGCGACCAUACCACCUCCAAGGAACGAAAUUCUCAGAGCCCUGCCGAGCAAGUACAUGAGCGACAUAUUGGUUGGCCGAUAUUUCAACAGUUACGAUCCUGCAACCCACAUAUUGCAUGGUCCGAGUUUCCAGCGACAAUAUCAGUCACACUGGCAAGAUCCGAGCAAGACGAGUAUUGUCUGGAUUGGCAUGCUGUUUGCUAUCAUGCGCUUAGCCAUGCAGAGUUUCGUGCGCGAGGGUGAUGAGCCGCCAGAAUUUCGAGGCAAAUGUCAAGACAUGGCGAACUCUUUCCGGACGAAUAUGGCACACUGCUUGAUCACAGCGGAUUACACGAAGCCACAUGCUUUUAUCAUCGAGGCUCUAAUAUUCCAUUUACAUGCGGAAUACUCGAGCAACCGCGAUAGCGAGGGUAGUGUUUGGGUUUUGAUGGGCAUGAUCGUUCGGUUAUCGAUGAGGAUGGGAUAUCACAGAGAUUCGAAGUUCUUCCCAGAUUUGACACCUUUUCAGGGAGAAAUGAGGCGGCGAGUUUGGAGUUUCAUAAGGACUGGAGAUUUGUUGUUCUCGUUCCAGGUUGCUCUACCACCAAUGGUAAGGUUAGGCGAUUCAGACACAGAUCUGCCACGAAAUAUAUACGACGAUGAAUUUGACGAGACCUCGACCUCGUUACCUCCCCCAAGACCGCAAACCGAAGCCACGCCUAUAUCAUACAUGAUUGGAAAGAGCAAAUUGUCUUUGGGAUUUGGGAGAGUACUCGAGGAAAUUAAUGGAGUCAAUAGAAAGAGCUAUGAUGAAGUCCUAAAGAUCGACAAGGCUCUAAGAGACAUCUACGAUACCGUUCCUGUACAUCUGAAGGUACGUCCUAUGUCAGAACAGCAGCUCGCCCCCAUAGCUCUGAUAGCAGCGCGCUUCGGGCUCGCAACCAUCUACCACAAGGCAUUGUGCGUGUUACACAGAAGAUACCUCCGACUUGCGAAGCCGGGAAAUCGAUACAUGUUCAGCAGAAGGACAUGUCUGGAAUCUUCAAUGCAGGUGCUCGAGUUUCAAGCCCUGACUUCGCAGCAGAAUCAGGAUCGGCCACUGAUGGGUCGUAUGAAGAAUUUACAGAGUCACGUCAGCUCGUUAGUUGCCCACGACUAUCUCUUAGCUGGCACAUUGAUAUGUAUGGAUCUGUACUCGAUGAAAGAGAAGGCCCGAGAAGCUGGAAACGAUGCCUCAACGCCGAACACAAACAGUAGUGCUGCAACUCCUGCCUCGAGUACAUCGGGAGGGCGUGGUAGUGUCAGCUCGUCCGACAAUACUGCCUACCUGCCUGGCUCACCAUAUACACGUGACGAUCUCAUUGGUGCGCUGGAACGAAGUCGCGACAUAUGGAUGACACAGCGAGAUUACAGCAUGGAGGCCUAUAAAGCAAGCGAGCUGAUCAACGUCCUGCUCUACCACCUCAAGACACCGUUCUCGUCACCUGCACAAUCAAACAUGCCACCACCUCUUGGUCUGCAAUCUAGUGUAGGCAGGAGCGUUGAUGACGAACAGACAGCUGCCAUGACUCUAGGUAUGCUACAAGCAGGAAACGCUGCAAGAGGCAUGCCAAACACGCAGGCAAUGCAAGCGGCUCAAAUAGCACAGCAAGCUCAGAUGCAAAUGGGACCUGCUUCGAAUAAUGCCGCCACACCUGGUGCCUGGGACAAGAGUGUCCUAGAUUCUUUCGUGGCUAGCAACCAAAUAGGUAACAUGCAGAAUAACACGUUCAACCAAGCACCACAAGACCCUGACUGGGGCAGCCUGUUCGGCGCUGGCAACGGCAUGUUUCCACAAACAAUAUUCGGGACCGCCAAUUCCGGUGCAGGAACUUCAGGCAUGAAUAUUGAUUGGGAAGCAUGGGACCAAUAUAUGGCACCAGCAAACCUCCACCUCGACCCAAUGGCCUCUCUCUGGUCCAGCGAUCCCUCAAACGGCAACACCAACACCAACAGUUUCUUCUCCCAGCAAAACUCAUCAGACUCCACCUCAGCUCAAACAGCAGGAACAAAUUCCAGCACACAAAAUCGACCAAAUGAGGCAAGUUACGACAUGAACAAUAACUUCUAUGCAAGUCCUCAACCACAGAUACCGCCAGGUCAGAAUCAGGGAGAAAGUGGUGAAGAUGGAGCUGGAAAUACUUUUAUGGGAGCUAGUACGCCGGCACCGGGUGGUGUUGGGAUUGGGGGGUGGAGGUGGACGGUUAUGGAUGGGAAAUAG